CUAUAGGGAUAUAUGCUCCGGUGUGGACUGUGGAAAACUAGCUAGUUUUUGUAAUCUUAAAAUGUAAGAAUUGGACUUACAGUUUUGCUUCUAGGCUAAACAAUUCUAGAGACUUGUAUAAGUUUCCAGUACAUUCAUACAGCAAGCUGUAUAUAUAGUCUUUGGUCAUGUUACUAGUGUGGUGGUUGUGGUUGUGGUGAGGCUGCUGGUUUUGCAGAAGGUGCUUCUGGAAAGCUACUAACGACGACAAUGAGACCUGGAGGACCUGGAGGGCCGCCUGGCCCUGGAGGUCCGCCUGGUUGGGGUCCUGGCCCUGGUGGUCCGCCUGGUUGGGGCCCUGCUCCGCCUGGUCCGUUUGCUCCGCCUGGUCCGCCUGGCCCCAUUGGUCCGCUUGGACCUGGACUACCUGGUUUCUUUGGUGGCUUCUGUGAUGCAAUAGGUGCUUGUUUGAGUUUCUUCUGUUGCUGCUGGUUGCUGGGGGACUGCUUUGGUGGCCCAGGAGGGCCUCCUGGCCCCCCCUUAGGCCCACCUGGACCGCCACGUCCGUAGAUCGCCGGGCUGUUUGGUGACUAAUAUAUUUGGACGACUUGCUCCUGUUAUUAUCAAUUCUUACCUAUGUAUUUACUACGUUAAAAGAACUGUGCUAUCUUGUCAACUAUUAUAUAAGAUAUUUCAAGUUCACUGCUA